CAGCAUUCGAGGGUGUUCGUAGCAUCGUGUAGCGCUGGCUUUAGUCGAGGGCAUUUUUGGAACUUUAAACUUGGCUGCAUCGUGAUGUUUCAUAUCAAUGACCGAUCAUGCAUUGUUAAGCAUUUAGUACAAGUGUACAAGAAUGGUGAGGAACUAUCGGAAGGAUAAUAAUGCUCGGAAAUAUACUGUAGUUUCCACUGCAGAUUCAAUGCAGUGCCUUGAAAAGGUCAAAUCCGGAGAAAUGUCCCACGCAGAAGCCGCUAGGCAAACCCAUUGCAGCCGACAAACAAUAUACAACAAGCUAUGCGAAUCGCACCAGAAACAGCCCGGACAUCAGAAAGUUUUUACUGAGGCGGAAGAAUUAUCGUUUUCAGACCAUCUCAGCUGCUUGUCCGAGUGGGGCUUCCCCGUUGGAACCGAUGAUCUGCGGGAAAUAGUUCGAAUUUAUUUGACGAAGCAGGAAAUAAAAGUGCCAACUUUUGUAAAUAACAAACCUUCACGGGACAGGGUGGCACGAUUCCUACGCGAUCACCAGCAACUAAGCAAACGUUUUGCACAAAAUAUAAAGUUAAAACGCGCAGCAAUAACACGAGAAACAAUAGCAGAGUACAUGGCCAACUUAAAGGAAUCUCUGGAAGGUGUUCCGGCUUCCAAUAUUUUUAAUUACGACGAGACGAAUUUGUCAGAUGAUCCUGGUAAGAAGCAUGCUAUCUGUAAGCGUGGCUUAAAGUAUUUUGAAAACGUGAGGAACUUCAUUAAAUCUGCUACUUCCGUUAUGUUUUGCGGAAGUGCAACUGGAGAACUGUUGCCACCAUACGUGGUGUUCAAGGCAGAACAUUUAUGGGAUUCUUGGACACUUAAUGGCCCUCGAGGAACACGCUACAAUCGAAGUGCUUCUGGCUGGUUCGACGAAAGAAUUUUCGAGGACUGGUUCAAGACACUUUUUCUUCCAGCUAUAAGGCAUUUGAACGGACCAAUUGCGCUGAUCGGAGACAACCUCUCAUCUCAUUUGAAUCCAACAGUUAUUGAAAUUUGCCGUCAAAAAUAUAUUAAAUUUAUCUGCUUGCCACCUAAUGCAACUCAUCUGACAAAACCGCUCGACGUAGCAUUUUUCUCUCCAAUGAAGCGUGAAUGGCGGAAAAUUUUGGGACGGUGGCGUGCCUCUUGUGAGGGUUCUAAGAGCGCAACCAUUCCCAAAGGUCCCCUCGGAAGCCUUAUCAGUGAACUUUUGAAGGCACUAGCACCACACACUAGACGUAUUCUAAUAUCGGGCUUCCGGAAAUGCGGUAUCGUACCAUGGAAUCCCCACGAACUCAUUAACCAGCUGCCAUCUGAUAGCUUAAAGCCCGAGUUGAUUGGAGACUCAUUUAAACAAUUUCUAAAGGAACAUCGUAACGACGUGAUCGGCUGUCCAGUUGGGCCUCAACCGAAGAAAAAACUAAAGGUUUCUCCUGGAAAAAGUGUUUCUCUUGAUGAAAUUCCAAAACGUGAUUCGAAACCCAUAUCUAAGACACCCGGUAAAAGGGGACGAAAGCCCAAAAUCACCUCGUUGUAA